AAACAUAGAGAAAACAGACAUUGAGAGAAAUAAGAGGAGAGAGAAAGUAGAAGAAGAGAGAGAAUCUUGCACACAUCCAACGAAGCUUAAGCAGUAGCAGCAGUAGCAGCGCAAAGCUCGUGGUGCUUCCUUCUCUCUCUACUUUCUCUCUCUAACUUAAAACUUAACAUUAGUGAGAGAAAGUGAGAGAGAUGGCGACGGAGGGCGUUGGUGGUGGUGGUGGAGUGGGCGGAGCAGCGGCGGCGGCGGCGGCGAGGAGGAAACCGUCGUGGAGAGAACGAGAGAAUAAUCGGAGGAGAGAGAGAAGGAGAAGAGCUAUUGCUGCUAAAAUAUUUUCUGGGUUAAGAGUUCAAGGUAAUUACAAUCUUCCUAAGCAUUGCGAUAAUAAUGAAGUUCUCAAAGCUCUUUGUGCUGAAGCUGGUUGGAUUGUCGAACCCGAUGGCACCACUUAUCGCAAGGGGAUGAAGCCGCCGCCGCCGGAGAUAGUGGCGAGUUUUAGCAAUUUUAGUGCUUGUUCAUCGCAAAUACCCAGUCCGUUAUCAUCAGCAUUUCAGAGUCCAAUUCAUUCGUAUCAACCCAGUCCUUCAUCCUCUGCUCCUCAAAGUCCGAGUAGAAAUGAGAUCAAUGUACAAUCUCACCCAUUUUCGUUCCUUUGUAAUUCGAUUCCGUCGAGUCUGCCGCCUCUUCGGAUAUCAAAUAGUGCUCCUGUGACACCGUUGUUGUCAUCGCCGACGUCGAAAACUGCUCCGAAACAGCCGGUGUUUAACUUCGAGGCGAUUGCUAAGGAGUCUAUGGCGUCUUUUAAUUACCCCUUGUUUGCAGCUUCUGCUCCGUCGAGUCCCAAUAGGCGGCGAAACUUUACCCCGCCAACGAUACCGGAAUGUGAUGAAUCUGACUGCUCAACGAUUGAUUCGGGUCAAUGGAUUAGCUUCCAGAGGUUUUCAAGACCUCCAAUUCCAACAUCACCCACAUUUAAUUUGGUUCGGCCAAUGGUUCAGAAAAUGUCACUGAAUGAUGCAAUGGAGGAUAGAGCUAGAGCUCCUGAACCCGAAAGUAUGCAGGUUACCCCUUGGGAGGGGGAGAGGAUUCAUGAUGUUGGAAUGGAUGACCUUGAACUCACCCUUGGAAGUGGCACUUCUAGGAACUGAAAAGAAAGUCGCUCGAAUUCAAUCAAGUACAAUCAAACAAUGUUCUAAGCUCCGUAUUUGAAGUGUCUGAAAUGAAACGAAAGUAGCUCGAAUUCGGAUUGGAUUGUGAUUCCAAAAUGCCCUUAAGUUUAAUUUGCUACCAGAAGUUUGCUUUAGAUGGAUGUUAAUUUUUUUAGUUUAAGAGUUAAUGCCCAUAAGGGUGUUAAUUUUCAUGGAUACUUAGGUCCAUAUUUUUUUCUUUUUUUCUUCUGCCUGAUUUGUUUACUGUGAAACUAGAAUAUAUUGAGUUGCUUGGGGUUUUAACACAAGCAUUACAUGUAGAUAAGAUGGUUUAGUUUUCUUUCGAUUUCGAGGAGGAUUACCUCGACUUGGAGACUCAUGCCUAGGUUGAUUCUUGUUUAGUAUUUAUGAGGCAUUCGUGAAGUGGAUUACUUGUUAUUGUAGACUCAAUGUUUCAAGAUAAGAAAUCUAUGUUAUGGCAUUUGAUUAGAAUCAAAAUCAAACUCUUUCUUUUUAA